CAUCCUCUGCUGGCGGGCGUGUGCGGUGCGGUGCGCUGUGCCGUAGCGGCCGUUAAAGAGGUUCGAAUUCGUCUGGCUUUGUGUCAUCUCGGUGACCGUAGCGUUCGUUCCAGCUAUCUCCUGUGGCGGUGUACCGCGAUGGAUUUCAGACUACGUCCCUCCUUCAGUGUCUUAUCUCGUCCGCUCCAUCCCUGAGAUGAGUUGGUAACGUCGACGCGAAAGAGCCCUUCUCUCCCCUCGUUCCACUUCGUCCAUCAUGAAACUCGACAAACAGAUCUCAAACGAAAAAAUGGCCGAAAAUAGAGACGAGGAGUCGGGAACGACAACCAACACAGCUCAGAGAGCGACCGACAAGGAGACCAAGGAACAGAUGAACGAGAAACUAGCCGGGACCAGCAAGGGCGGCGGCGCCUCCCCCAACGAGCGCCCUGACGCACCGGACAACAAGGACCCUCCUCCCUCAGACGAAGAAGGAGGAGAAGGAGGAGGAGGAGGAGACAAAGAGGGCCCUCCUUCACCCGAACCUGAAGGCGAAGACGCCCCCCCGCCGGUGGUGGCCCCGCUGGCCGCUCCCGAGGACGAGAACUCUGGAGAUGGCGACAACAACAAGCUGUCGGAGGAGCUGAGUGAAAAGGCGGAGGAGGAGGAAGAGGAGGAGAAGGCGCUCAGCGACUUGGACGAGCCCGAGAAGGUGGAGCAGGAGCUGGACGAGAACGCUCAGAAGGAGAGCAGCGAGAGCAACAGCGAGAGCAUCCAGGACGCCGAGUCCAGGAACCUGAACAUCGUCAACCUCGAAACCAUCCGCGAGGGGGAGGUGCUCGAGAUCCCUCCGGACAACAUCUCGCCCUCCGCCUCCAAGGUCAGCCCGUCGAAGCCUCGCUUCUACUUCGACGACAAUACGAGCGAGUAUGAAGCAGCGAGGGACGAUGGCAACAUGUACAACGACGACGACGACGACGCAGCCUCCGUCACUUCCCUGCCGGCGGAGCUGCCUCCCCCUCCCGACGGCGGCUGGGGCUGGGUGAUCGUCCUCGUGUCCUUCCUGUGCAACGCCGUCGUGGACGGCGUCGCCUACUCCUUCAGCCCCUUCCUCGACACCUUGUCCAAGGAGUUCGACGCUCCCAAGGGCAAGGUCGCCUGGAUUCCUUCCUUGUUAGCUGGGGUCUAUCUUAGUGCUGGACCCAUUGUAUCUGCUCUGUGUAAUAAGUUCGGCUGUCGCAUUGUCUGUAUAGUUGGAGGCGUCAUCGCUUCUUUCGCUUAUUUCAUCACCAUUUUCGCCACUUCCGUCGAGUUCUUGAUGGUGUUCCAGGGAAUGGUUGGCGGGUUUGGGUUUGGUCUCAUCUACCUGCCUGCUGUGGUCUGCGUAGGAUACUACUUCGAAUCGAAGCGUGCCCUGGCCACGGGCAUCGCCGUGUGUGGGUCGGGCAUUGGUACUAUGAUAUUCCCGCCUCUUGUCAACCAUCUCAUUUCGGAAUACACGUGGAGAGGGGCCAACAUAUUUAUAGCUGGAAUGAUUCUCAAUUGUUGUUUGUUUGGAGGGCUAAUGAGGCCAUUGGAAGUCCCAAGAAUGAAGAAGAAGGAUCUCCUUCAGCGUCUUGCAGAGGAGAAACGAUUAGCCAUGCACGAACGCAACGUUUCCUUCAUCACUGUUACCAAUGCUGAUGGCACCGUAGAAAGGAGACCCAGAAAUGCAGAUCCUGGAGUGCAUUCCCAGCUUAAUUUGUCAGGAUACCUCACACCUGUUGGAACAGCUUUGGCACUUCCAACAAUCCAAGAAACCCAGGGAAGCACACCUCCAGAACAAGAAUCGCCCAUAGCAGCAUCACAUGCCCAAGACACUUCUAAUAAUACUUCACCUGGAGAGCAACCAGAGGGUGCAGAUGAAAAUAUGAGUUUAGUUAAUGGUUCCAACACUGGAGCCAAGCCUCCAGCAGUGUCAGUCCGAAUGGCAGCAGCAGCUGCUGCAACAAAACUCCCACGCAAUUGCUCCCAGCCCAUUAUGGCUAGAGAUCCUUCAAAGUUCAUCCCCAAAAAUGGCUCAGUUCCCAAUUUUGAAAGAAGAUUCUCUAAAGUUGACAUUGCUAAUCAGAUGAAGGUUAUUCCAGCAACACCAAAAGCUUCUACAACAAAUCUCAGGGGGCUUGGUUCUCAAGACUUGCGACGUGUUUCAUCUGGCUAUGGUCGUGUCAGUUCCAAUGCCUCAUUUGAUGUAGAAGCAGUAGGAGGACUUAGGCAGAGACGUGCGUCGCAAAAAUCCAUGAUGCUUCGACCGAUGUCACGUCAAGAUAUAUUCUAUUCAGGUAGUAUUGCAAAUUUACGGGAAUUCAAAUCUCAAGCAUCCAUGUUAUCAUAUCGUGAGUCAGCCCUCAACCUUCAGGGUACUGGUGCCUCAAGGGUUGUUCUGGAUGCAAUUGAUGGACCUGAGGAUGAAAAAGUUUGCUGUUCAUGCCUGCCAGAAUCCAUGCGAGGAACUCUCAGCCAAAUGAUGGAUUUUUCACUUUUGAAAAAUCCAGUCUUCCUUAUGAUUGGAGUUGCAAAUCUGUUUGGUAUGUUGGGCUUCUACACUCCAUUUGUAUACCUGCCAGCUGCUGCACAGGAAAAGGGUGUGGACCCAGAAUAUUCUACAUUCUUGAUAUCCCUCAUUGGAAUUACCAAUACUGUAGGCAGAGUCUUAUCUGGCUUAAUUGCUGAUAUGCCCUGUGUGAGUGCUCUGUGGAUCAACAAUAUUUGCAUCGUUAUGUCUGGCGUCUGUGUCUUCCUGACCCCACUGGCACACUCUUAUGGAUCAUUUAUUGCUCUUGCACUCUUCUUUGGGUUCUUUGUCUCUCCGUUCAUCGCCCUCACCUCUAUCAUCAUAGUGGAUCUACUGGGCCUCAGGCAGCUCGUCAAUGCCUUUGGUGUUUUGUGUAUCUUCCGUGGACUUGCCGGAAUCAUGGGCCCUCCAGUGUCAGGAAGUAUUUAUGAUGCAACUAAGAGCUAUGAUGUAUCCUUCUAUUCAGCUGGAGGUCUUCUGUUUGUGUGUGCUAUCCUUCAUUGUCUUGUGCCCUGUGUACAACGUUUCUACAGUAAAUAUGAAAUGCCAGUAAAAUAUACAACCAAUGAAGAAUACUUGGCAUCAGUUCCAGAGGAGUCAGGUGUCUCUCCAGAUACUGGAGAAGGUGUGGGCAUUGUACUCGACAUCAAACCAAAACAUGCUACUGUUGUACACCAAGAUUCUGGUGAGAAUAAGAUUGUAUUAGAUGCUUCUCAGAAUGAAAAAGGGAAAGAAGCCAUCUCUGCACUCUGAGUCUGUGAUGACCCAAGAAAAAUUUUGAAUGCAGUUUGUGAAAACUCUUGAAAAAACAUGAACGUUGUAUUCUUGGUAGAACUAUUAUUACCAUAGAAGCUCUCAGCCACGUGUAACUCGUGUUUGUGUUAACUCUAUAAAAAUGUGAUUUGUUAAUGCAGGUCUUUCACUAGGUACAGAUUAAGUGUUAUCAAGUCAAUAUGCUCUAAGAACAGAUAGUCGAGUUAUAAUCUGAGUUGAAGAAGAAAGAGACUUCUAUAUGUCCACAAUCAGAAGCACAAUUAUGGUACAAUAUUUUUUUUUUCAUACAUUACAGAAAAGCAAAAGCACCAAAUCACAUUAGUGUUACAAAAUGCUGCCUCUUUCAAUUUUUAAAUGAGUUUGAAAUCACUGCAAAAGUCACAUUCAUUUCUUCAUGGAUAACGUUACUAGAGCCACAAACAUUCCCUUCUUCGCCUCCAAGUCUUAAAUGCGCCAUGUUGGGAGAAGUCUUUAAUUUAUGGCUUGAUAUCCUUCCAUGUAUGUAAAGAGGAUUUCUUAUAUUCUGUAUAUGUGCCCCAAGUAAGAAAGUAUAGGAAACAGAUUUUUAUUUUUAUCUGACUAUAAGAUUUGUAUUGAAAUUGCUGCACACUGGAGCAUGUUGAAGAAUAUUAUUCAUUAGAUCCUGCAAUAGCACAGAUCGUGGUUAUGUAAAAUAUAUAUUUUUCCAGUAAAAUCCAAUCAGAAAAUCAUUAAAAGGAUUAUUGCUGCCACGAACUAUAAUUGGUUUGUAGCCAUUCAAAAUCAUUUUAAUUUUUGUUAUUAGGCCAUUUUAUGAUAUUUUGCUCUAGCACUACAUUCUUUACAGAAUAUUUAUUUCAUAACUGUAAUUGGAUAUUGCACAAGUCAAGUCUUUAGUUAAAGCUGCUCCAUAGUUUAAUUAAUGUCAGAGUAAAAAGAAAUUCUUGCAUAAAUACGGUAAGUUUGGUAACUAUUUAAGUUCUCUUUUUAAAAUGUUUUCCAUUUAUAUUUCCUACUUGUAGGAAUUAAACAGGGAUAAUUUUA